AUGGUGGAACAGCGCGAUGUGCCAGGCAUCGACUGUGCGAAUCUCGCUAUGGACACAGAGGAGGGAGUCGAGGUCGUAUGGAACGAAGUACAAUUCUCUGAGCGUAAGAACUUUAAGGCGCAAGAAGAUAAAAUACAAAUGGUGUUUGACAACCUCACGAGGCUCGAGCACCCCAACAUCGUCAAGUUCCACCGAUAUUGGACGGAUACACACAAUGAUAAGCCCAGGGUAAUAUUCAUAACGGAGUAUAUGUCUUGCGGCUCGCUGAAGCAGUUCUUGAAACGUACCAAGAGGAAUGUGAAGCGAUUGCCCCUUCAGGCGUGGAAGAGAUGGUGCACACAGAUCCUGUCGGCGCUCAGCUAUCUUCACGGCUGCGUGCCACCCAUUGUGCAUGGCAACCUUACGUGUGACACGAUCUUUAUCCAACACAACGGCUUGGUGAAGAUUGGCUCCGUAGCGCCCGACGCCAUCCAUCAUCACGUCAAAACCUGUCGCGAGAAUAUGAGGAAUAUGCAUUUCAUUGCACCGGAAUAUGGAUCAUCACAAAUGGUGACGCCUGCGAUGGAUAUCUACUCGUUCGGAAUGUGCGCUUUGGAGACAGCCGCUCUUGAGAUUCAGGGCAAUGGAGACUCUGGCAGCCACGUCACGGAAGAACACAUCAUUCGUACGGUUGAAUCGUUGGAGGAGUCCAGGCAGAAGGACUUUAUAUACAGGUGUAUUAAUAAAGAUCCAGCAAAGAGGCCGACCGCCAGAGAGCUGCUGUUCCAUCCGUUACUGUUCGAAGUUCAUUCUCUGAAGCUUUUAGCGGCGCAUACACUGGUCAAUACGACAGCAAAUAUAUCGGAGACCAUCACAGACGAGGUAGCCGGUGGGGGAAGCGGCGAAGCUCUGGCAUGGUGUCUGAAGGGCGGUGAACGUAUGGAGAUCGCAGCCAAAGAUAUGCCGCAUGCUGAAAAACUGGAGAAGUUUGUUGAAGAUGUCAAGUAUGGUAUCUACCCCUUAACAGCAUACGGAUGGGUUCGUGGAGUAGGCAGGUCGGCAUCUCCCGCGGAACGACUGGCCGAGAGCGCGCCAGCAUCCCCCGAGCCGAGGGACCUGGAGACGAGGCGUGUGGUCAACAUGAUGUGUAGUCUCAAGCCUCAGGCACACCCUCACCCGGACACGCCUCCGGCAGAUCUGUUGAUGACGAUAUUGCUGCGCAUGGACGACAAGAUGAACCGCCAGCUGACGUGCGCCGUGACGCGCCGCGACAGCGCCGCGGGGCUGGCGCGCGAGCUCGUGCAGCUCGGCUUCAUCCACGAGGCCGACCGCGACAAGAUCUCCCGCCUCAUGGAGGAGUCGCUGCGCGGCAGCUUCGGCGCGGGAGGGGGGGGAGCCGUGGCGCUGCCGCUGCGGGCGCCGCAGCACGUGGCCAGCUAG